GAGACAAUCGUUGUUUUAUUUCUUCUGAAGAUCAAGUGCAAGAGAGACAAUCAUUGUUUUAUUUCUUCUGAAGAUCAAGUGCAAGAGAGACAAUCGUUGUUUUAUUUCUUCUGAAGAUCAAGAAUGAUCUCCCUCGCCGUGGUUCUGCUGUUCGUCUCGGUUUCAUUUGGGGAUGUUGUUCCUAACCGCAUCCACCUCCCAGACAUCAAGAACAGCAUGUUUCCCAGAACGUUCGAUGGAUCCUCCAACUCUCGAAUCAUCAACGGAGAAAUCUCAAAGAUGUUCUCUCGACCCUAUCAAGCAUCUCUCCAAGUCUGGUACCAGAACGUCCUGUAUCAUAUCUGUGGAGCGGUCAUCAUAGCACCGGAUGUGUUGGUAUGCGCUGCCCAUUGUUUGGUUGUCUUCCCUGUUGACUGGUUGAGAGUCGAGGUUGGAUCGCUGAGCCUGACCUCCAACGCUUCAGUGUACACCCAGUUUUUAGAAGUAGAGUCUAUCAAGCCUCACGAGGACUAUAGAGAUAUUGUCACAGAAGAAGAGGUGUUUCCUAACGACAUUGGACUUAUUUUCUUGAAGCGACGCAUGACUUUUAACGCAAAUGUCCAGCCCAUUCUGAUAGCGUCACCCUUUCAAUCAUUCGACAACGAGAUUUGCGUCAUUUCCGGUUGGGGCUCGACCUACUAUGGUUCACCCACUCCAGCGGACCUGAGAGAAGCUAAAAUGAGAAAAUGGUCGUACCAACAGUGUCAAGACUUUCACCAAGAAAUCGGAACCAACGUCAACAAAAAUCAAGUCUGCGUUAAAGGAGAAAGUGAUGAUGGUCUUCCCCCUGGUUCAUGUCAAGGAGACAGUGGCGGCCCUCUGGCCUGUGGACAUCGAUUUUUGCUUGGAGUGACUUCCUACGGGUUUGGCAAGUGUUCGGUGGAGGCCCCAUCUGUCUACACGAGAGUCCCUGGCUACUACAGCUGGAUUAUUGAGAGCAUCUUUCAACACAGUUUCCCUCAAUAGGGAGACCUGAAAGACAGAGAAGUCCUUGUUGAUCGAGCACACAAUAAACAUUCAUUGAAACACA